AGACGUUCGGGUUCGGUUCGCUCAGCCACCUCGCUGCGCAAUGCACGGCGGCACCGAAAGGCAGGCUGUGGAGCGACAGGCCCGCUCGGGCGGAGGCGCCGCCGCCUGCCGGGAGCGGCCCGACCCGCCGCUGCGGGGCGGAGGGGCCGAGGGGCCCAUAGCGCUCGCCGGGGGGGGCUGGCGCCCAGUGCUCUGCGACUUCCUCGGCGACACGUAAGCUUGAGAUCCUGGCGCCCCAGCAUUUUCUCGGGCCGGGCGUCCUUGCUCCGUUUCUUGGGCUCCCGGGGCCCUCACAGAUCGAUGCGGCUCCAAACGCGGCGCAGAAAAAGGGUGUCCAGAGCUCCGGCCGUGAGUUUUCGCGGUGUCGCAAGUGGUUCGAGACGUCGGAUCUCAGGGAAGGCCGGCCUCCCGCGCCGCAGCUUCGUGGGGCACCUCCGUGGCGCCUUCGCCGAGGCGCAGCUGGGGGACUGGCGGUGGCUCUGCGACAACCGGCUGCCCGAUUGAUGUUUAUGCCGUUUUUUCUGUUCAUCAAAUCCCGCGCGCCGCCGUGUGGAUCGUGCAGGACGGCUGCGCUUGCAGCUACGGCUACGCCGGGCACGAAUGGCCGUCGGCAGUGAUGGAGCCGUGGUUCUUGCAGCUCACCCGCGCCGUCUGCCAGGCCUGCGGCAUACCCGACCUGCCCAACUGCUGCAACGGAAACCGCUACGCCUCAGGAGACGAGAGCGUUGGUUGGCAUUCUGACGACGAGGCCCUGUUUCAAGCAGCGGCGCAGGACGCCCUCAUAGUGUCCCUCUCACUGGGGGCUACGCGGACAUUCCGUGUCCGGCUAAAGGACCACGCCGCCGAAGGAGACGGCUUGGUUGGUGCAGAAGUCUUGCUCGGGGACGGGGACCUGUGCACCAUGGAAGGCCUGUGCCAGAAGCACUAUCAGCAUUGCGUCCCGAAGGAGGCCUCCGUUUCCGAGCCGCGCAUCAACCUCACCUGGCGCUGGAUCGUCUCACACGGCAGGGGGUGCCCCAGAGGGGCGCCCGAGGGCACGCCGCUGCGCGAGAAGCUGGAGGCCCUGGUCGAGACUCGGCGCAGGCUGGCGGAGCUGAAGCGCAAGCGGGACGCCGGGCUGCCCGGGGGCACCUCCGCGGCCACGGCCGAGCGCCUCGCCAGCCUCGCGGAG